GCGAGCUCGCUCGCUCAGCUACUUGGCUCUCUUCCACCAACACAACAGUUUCGGCCGGGCAUUUACGCAGACUCGUGCAGUCGUUUUUACCAAAGCAAAAACCACAACAAAGUUUACUUGGAUAACGUGUGUCGACCCGCGACAGUGAAUAACCCCAGAGAAAACUGUAUUUCGGCGAAUCAAGUUCGCAUCUGCGACACUUGUCGCUUCUACUGUCGGUGCCAUGGAUUAUUUUGGCUCAGGACGCGUCAAACUGGCGCUAAUAUUCCUGACCCUCACUGCAAACUUCCAAGCUCCCGAAGCGUAUCGUCUGGAGUGCUAUUGUGACGGCCAUUGCCCCGAAGGAACGAAGAAUGGCUCGUGUACGAUAUACACGCAAGGUGGAAUGUGUUGGACUCACGUGGAAGAGGUGUUGAACGAAGCAACGCAUAAAGUCGAGCUCGAAUACACUUACGGCUGCUCCGAAGAAGAUAAGGCGCUGCUCACAUGCAAGAGCCAUUUGUUGGAACACAAGGUCCCCCAGAACAUUGAGUGCUGUCGAAACGAGCCGUACUGCAACAAGCCCCUGAAACCGAAGAUGGCUUCCCCACAAGACGUGGAGGAAGCAGUCUACAGAGACUAUACCAGCCUCGUGGUGUUCAUCGCGGCUUUGCUCAUGUGCUCGGCUUUGUCUCUCGGUCUUUCUCUAUUAUACUACCGUCGGAGGCGCAAGCGUCUCGAAACUUCAGAAGAUGAGAGUUUCCUGCCGACAGGUGUCAAAUCCCUCCAAGAAUUGAUGGAUUGCAGCAUCACGAGCGGCAGUGGAUCGGGAUUCCCGAAAAUGGUUCAGAGAACCGUUGCACGUCAGGUGGAGCUCAAAUGCCCAAUAGGCAAAGGUCGCUAUGGCGAGGUGUACAAGGCGACGCUGAAUUGCGACUACGUCGCGUGCAAGGUGUUCUACACCACCGAAGAAGCUUCCUGGAGUCGCGAGACUGAGAUCUACCAGACGAAUCUCCUGCGCCACGACCAUAUCCUGGGCUUCAUCGCCGCGGACAUCCGAGGAACAGGUGGCUGGACUCAGUUGCUGCUCAUCACAACGUACCAGGAGAACGGAUCUCUGUACGAUUAUCUAACGAACAACACGCUCGACGAAGAUCAAGCCGUUGAGAUGGCGUUGUCAGCAUCCAGCGGGAUCUGUCAUCUACACACCGAAAUUCUCGGGAAACAGGCCAAGCCGGCUAUAGCUCACCGGGACAUAAAGUCCAAGAACAUUCUGGUCAAACGCGAUGGUACAUGCUGUAUCGCUGAUUUCGGACUGGCCGUUCGCUUCAAUAAGACCACGAAUCAAAUCGACAUUGGGCCCCACAACACCCGAGUCGGAACUGUUCGCUACAUGGCGCCCGAAGUCCUGGACGAAACUCUCAAGACCGAGAAUUUCAAUUCCUAUUGCCAGGCAGACAUGUAUAGUUUCGGGCUGGUCCUUUGGGAGAUCACGUCACGAAUCGUGCGCGACGGCGUGGCCGACCCUUACCGAAUUCCCUACCACGAUGCCGUUGGUAACGAUCCAUCUUUCGAUCAGAUGAAGAAAGUCGUUUGCAUAUCGCAAAUCCGACCAGAAAUCCCCAAAGAGUGGGAGAAACACGAAACGACGAUGAGCUUGGUCCGGAUAUUCAGAGAACUGUGGUCGCAUAAUCCCUCCAGUAGACUCACCGCACUUCGAGUGAAGAAGUCCUUGACGAAGCUGGAGAAUGACGUCGUUGCCAAGCGUUACAACCAAACCGAAAACGUCUAG